AGUUGUUUGAACCAGCAGGAAGUUGUACUUGUUAAAAAGUACGAGAUAUUAAGAUGAGCCUUUACACCAGAACUCUUCCUCGGAAAGCCAACAAGGCCACAGCCGGCUACAGCGCUGGUACUAGUGGCCUGCCUUGUUAUGCGCUGCGUGCCGGAGCGUCGGCGGUUCAUCUUCCAGGGACUUCAGGAGGUUGCGCCGGAGGGUCGACUUCAUCCACUGGGCGCGUUGUCGCAGCACAAGCAGCGCCUUGGGCCGGUACAACAAGACGGAGCUUCUUAUUACCCUCGCCUCCAGAGCCGCGCUUGAUUGUGGGAAGGAACAAAAUUAUGCAGCGAAUGCACUUCUCGACAUCGGACAUGAUCAGCACGCCAUCAAACAGCGGCAUUACCAAUGCGGGAAGCACUAGCUCCUCCUCGUCUUCCCUCACCAGCAGUACUGGUACCUCCGCAACUACUCCGACGUUUGAUCGCGUACCCACCUCGUUGCCGCGGAUGGAUCCGCCGGAGAAACUUUUUCGGGAGCGGACGCAGCUACCCGGGGACCUGGCGAAAGUGGAGGGCGGGCUGCGCCGGCAGCAGCCCUGGGAGAAGGAUGGACGCUGGCAGAGUCACAAAGUAUACUUGAAAUGCAGACGGAACAUUAAAUCUUCUCAUCUACUACAACUGCGCUAUGUGUCAUGAGAAAUUUGUCGUGUCGGCAUGAUUCUCCAUGACCCGGUAGGACCACCUCGAUGAGGGAGUAAGUAGCGCACUUGUUUUUACCGUCCCGACAAAAACUUAUUCAGACCAAGACGCAGGGUGACACUGGACAGCUGUUUCGCAAGUGUCAUCGCAAGGGCUACAUGGCGAAGGUGACCAUCCGGCACGCAAAUGGCAAGCUGUCGAAGCGGUUUCCCGGGUGGGCGUUGGUCAAGGAUCCCAGCAAGGACUGGGGCUGUGUCGUCUGCAUCCUGCUCAUGACCGGGUUGGCGGGUAAUAUUUUUUGUACUGAUGACCGGGAUGACGAGUUUUCUGUAUUUGCAUUUUUGUGAAGGGAAAAAUAAACUGUGAAGCGUAAUGCGCGACACAAAUAGACUGGAAAAAAGAAUCUUAUCAGUUCACGCCUGUGCGAACCUUUCUUACGGCGAAAACUAUUGGUCGCGGCGACGCAAGGCGAUCCGGGAGCGGCUGCGGUUGGAAUACAACCUGCCGGUGGGUUGGGACAACGAAAUUGAGCACUUAUCAUGUCGAAAAUGUUGUUUGCAUCAAGACAGAGGUCGUGCUGCACUAUGGGUUGCGCUUGCCAUGAGUAACUACGUGCUCCCAGAGUUCCCCAAAGAGUUUCCUAGAACGACGACCAUAUUCUUCAGUGCCGCACCCUCCAGGUUUGGUGCAGGCGUAAGUAGUUAUGUCAUGAUCAGUAGGCUCAGUGCAAGACGAGGAACAGUUUGUCAUGCACGUCUGUGAAGAUGCAAACACGCUUUAUUUUCGCAGGAUAGCGUGAAAAGGAUGGGCAGUGGUUUCAUCGUGGCUGGGAAGAAGAUAAGUCGUUUGAGGUCAAUUCUUUGGCUAAGGCCGCGAUGGGAAACGCGUGAGCAGUUUAUGAAGUGCUAACGAGAACGUCCCCUGAAGAUGAAACCGCGCUGAUGAAACAGAAUGGCUUGCAUGUGCAUCAGGAGACGAGUGCAAAAAGGCACAAGAACCAACCCGGUCACGGAUGUGAACAAUCUGCACACAAUAUAUUUUUCUUCAUGUGCUGGGCGGUUGAAGAACACCCACGGCUUGCUGCGGUCGGUGGAGUGACUUUGUAGUGUGGUGAAAAUCCUGAAACUGUUUCUUUCUUGGAGUGGUCACACGGGUGAAACUCCUCACUACAGAAAGGGGAGAAGUGUGC